AUGCAGUGGGUGAGGUCGUUUUUAAGCGCCUUUAUAAGGGCAAGACGCCUUGUGGGGACUGAUUUACAGGGAAAUAAGUAUUAUGAAACUGUUAGGGAAGGUAAGAAACCCAAAAGAGAGAUGGUUGCUUUCAUUGAGCAUGCCCAGUACACCCCAGAGUUGAUGCCAAUUGAAUGGGAAGCUUGGAUAAGGGGGAAGAGAGACGAUCCUCCAACGCACGAAGAGUUACUCACACAACAGAAGAGAAUAAGGACUGUUCAAAAUAGGGCAAAACAGCUAGAGGAAAAAGAGCGAGAACAACAGGCGUUAGAGCAACAGACACCACUGCUUGUAUCGCAAGUAGGACAUGCUUCAAAACCAGUUUAUGAAAGUUUGGACAACAGAGGAGAGCCAACAAGCACUGGUACAAUGUUCAAGCCAGGAGAGUGGAGCCCAGAGUCAACUGAUUUUCCGAAAGGAUAUUCAGCUGGAAAAGAAGGCGAGGAUACUUUUGAACCAGAAUCCUGGGUACCACCAAGCAAUCAAGAACCACAAAAGGGGCAGCAG